AUGGCUGGAGGUAAUACUCGUGAGAGAGUUUCCUGUUUGGAAGAGUUCAUGGGUUUUCGUACAGAAAUAGAGGCCAUCAAAGAGCAAUUGACCCGUAUCUCUGAAGAUGUUGAGUCAUUGACUGACGUCUUCAAGAAGAUCCUGAAAGACCUUGAAGAUGAAGUGUCCUUGGUGAAGAAGGCCAUUCAUGGGAGUUCCAGAGGUGGUGGUAAUCCUCUUUCACAGAAGAUUAAGGUGCCGGAUCCCAAGUCUUUCAGUGGUACCCGAAAUGCCAAAGAGUUGGAGAAUUUCCUAUGGGACAUGGAGCAGUACUUCAAGACUGCUCGGAUCCUCGAUGGUGAGAAGGUGACCAUUACAAGCAUGUAUCUGUCUGGUGAUGCAAAACUAUGGUGGCGCACACGGACAGAGGACGAUGCUUCUGCGGGUAGGCCUCGGAUUGAAGUUUGGGAGACCCUUAAGAAGGAAUUGAAGGACCAGUUCUUACCUCAGAACACUGCAUGGAUUGCAAGGGAAUCUUUGAAGAAAUUGAAGCACACAGGUACCGUUCGUGACUAUGUGAAGGACUUUAGUUCCUUAAUGCUGGACUUUCGAAAUAUGUCAGAGGAGGACAAGCUGUUCAAUUUCAUGUCCGGAUUGCAACCAUGGGCUCAAGCAGAACUCCGUAGGCAAGGUGUGAGGGACCUUCCUACUACUAUGACAGCGGCAGAUUGUCUUGUAGAUUUCAAGAUGACUGGGUCUACUACACAAGACAAGAAGAAGUCUAAGGAGGGGAAGAAAGACAAAGGCCAGUCCUUCAGGUUCAAGGACAAGAAUCAAAAGAAGGAUAAAGGCGGUGGCUUUGUCAAGGCCAAGGCAGAUUACAAUAACAAAGGGAGUAGUAGUGGGACUAAGCCCAACUACGGUUGUUUCAUCUGCAAUGGUCCCCAUCGUGUUAGGGACUGUCCCAAGAGGGAGAAACUGAGUGCUAUUGUCGCUGAUUCAAAAGGAGACUCAGACUCGGAAUCUGGUCCAACUGGAGUUAAUCCUCUGUAA